UAGCAGCUGGCAUUGGGGCUGCGUGCUGUCAGAGGGCUGAGUAAAUUUUCGGUGGAGUUGCAGCCAUGCGUGAGAUCGUGCACAUCCAAGCCGGCCAGUGCGGGAACCAGAUCGGAGCUAAGUUCUGGGAGGUCAUCAGCGACGAGCACGGCAUCGACCCCACCGGCAGCUACCACGGCGACAGCGAUCUGCAGCUGGAGAGGAUCAACGUCUACUACAACGAGGCUGCUGGUAACAAGUAUGUGCCCCGUGCAAUCCUGGUUGAUUUGGAACCCGGCACAAUGGACUCUGUCAGGUCUGGACCUUUUGGCCAAAUCUUUAGACCUGACAACUUUGUCUUUGGCCAGAGUGGUGCUGGGAACAACUGGGCCAAAGGCCACUAUACAGAGGGAGCUGAGCUAGUGGACUCUGUGUUGGACGUGGUAAGGAAGGAGUCGGAGAGCUGCGACUGCUUGCAGGGCUUCCAGCUGACCCACUCUCUGGGUGGCGGCACUGGGUCUGGCAUGGGAACACUCCUCAUCAGCAAGAUUAGGGAGGAGUAUCCAGAUCGAAUCAUGAACACGUUCAGUGUGAUGCCAUCUCCCAAGGUUUCAGACACAGUCGUUGAACCAUACAAUGCCACCCUAUCUGUCCAUCAGCUGGUGGAGAAUACAGAUGAAACAUACAGUAUUGACAAUGAGGCUUUGUACGACAUUUGCUUCCGCACACUGAAACUGACAACUCCUACCUAUGGGGAUCUCAACCAUCUGGUCUCUGCCACCAUGAGCGGGGUGACCACCUGCCUCCGGUUUCCUGGCCAACUGAAUGCUGACCUUCGCAAACUGGCAGUCAACAUGGUGCCUUUCCCUCGCCUGCACUUCUUCAUGCCGGGGUUUGCUCCCCUCACUAGCCGUGGCAGCCAGCAAUACCGUGCCCUGACGGUGCCGGAGCUGACGCAGCAGAUGUUUGAUUCUAAAAACAUGAUGGCCGCCUGCGACCCGCGCCAUGGCCGCUAUCUUACGGUGGCUGCCAUUUUCCGGGGAAGAAUGUCCAUGAAGGAAGUGGACGAACAGAUGCUCAAUGUCCAGAACAAAAACAGCAGCUACUUUGUGGAAUGGAUCCCCAACAACGUGAAGACGGCCGUGUGUGACAUUCCACCCCGAGGCCUCAAAAUGUCUGCCACAUUCAUCGGCAACAGCACAGCCAUCCAGGAGUUGUUCAAGAGAAUCUCUGAGCAGUUCACAGCCAUGUUCCGGCGCAAGGCCUUCUUGCACUGGUACACCGGCGAGGGCAUGGAUGAAAUGGAGUUCACGGAAGCUGAGAGCAAUAUGAAUGACCUGGUCUCUGAAUACCAGCAAUAUCAAGAUGCUACUGCUGACGAGCAAGGUGAAUUUGAAGAGGAAGGAGAGGAGGAUGAGGCUUAGGGUUGAGUAGGUUCAGUGCAAGUGUCUAGGAGGGAUCUGAUCAGUUACACAGAUGCAUGCUUCAGUUUUUAAUUGGUGCUUUUUUUACUGUUGCUCAGUCAGCAGUUUUGUGACCUCUGAUCUAUGUUGUAAUUAAAUCUUUGUAAAUAUUGGCAAAGUGGUUUAAGAUGGAUCCCAUACAAGUAAAAUAAGUUCUUCAAAUAAAACAAAGCUGUCUUUUAACCAAGAUAGUGGGGUUGUAACCUGCAUGUUUAUGGAGUUAAAAUACUCCACCAGCUGCUGAAACUAUUUAUAGAGAAGAUGGUCUAUCUUGGUCCUAAUCCAAAGGCAAACCCAGAAUUAUUUAUUUGAUCCUUGAUAGGUUUUCCAGACAACUCCUUCUACCAUAAAUAAUUUUUGCAAGUAUGAGGAAAGGAUAAUGGUUCUCUACAGAAGAUCUGUAUUACAUUUAUUUUGGUGAUUUGGCCUUCCAUUCCUUUGUGUUCCCACAAUGCACAGUGUAGAAGUGUUUAUCUUUGCAAUCUAAGUUAUGUGUUAGGUGUUCAUUUUAAUUGCAAAUACUAAAAUGAAAGGCAAUUGCUUUGGAUUCCUCAGAUGAUGCAAGUACCACAACUUCACUUGCAUCAUGAAAAGAUGUUUUUCCCCCCUACAGCUUCUGCGGGGAGCACAUCUUCAGAGGGGAUCUUAUAAAGCAAAUCCAGCUCUUCAGCUGAUAAAAAGUAGCUGCUCCCCAGCUGUGAUGCGUGUUCUAUUUUCCAUCCAUUAGUGGUUAUAUUUCUUGAUUUUCUGAUUUCAAAUAACAGUGUGGUCUGUGUUCAAAAAUCAUGUCUGAAUUCUCUUUCUAAGGGUGGUGGUCCUAAUGAAAAGUAGACCUAGCUUUGUGAAAAGAAGGGAAGAUGGAAAGUGGCUGAAGACCUGAAGGGGGCAUACUGAUAGAGCAGGCAGGAUUCAGGUGGCCGUGAUGACGCAUGCUUUCUAUGGCUGUGUUUAUGUUGGCAUUUUUUGUGCCCUGUGCAAGUUCACCAAGAUCUCUGUAACGAUCAUAUUCCAAUUCAUUCAAAUGAAUUUUGUGUGAUGUUAAUGUUGAAGACUCUAUAAAGGCAUGUGUUCUGAA